CUCACACACUCAGAGGAACUAGUUACCGGAGCAGGGCGAGCGCAGCAGCACCUGAUCACAGCGCGAGCACCAGCUGGGAGGGAAACAUUCACCUGUACGCCGCGAGGACGAAUUCGCAAGGAUUUUUUCAUUAAUUUUUACCACACACCGUCUUAAAGGCGCAGUGAGGGACACUUUAAACAAGAAUCUCUGUCGGACCCCUGCUUUGUCCUGCAGCCAAACAAGUUUCUUUUUUCUUUUUUUCUUUCUUUUUUGAGUGAGCUUUUAAGCAGAAACGGACCCGCAUCUGAAGGUGUCGUUUCUGUCUUUCGUUUAUUUCGGAGAGACUGCGUGCCUGGUUCCUUAAAGAGGACCGUAAUCAACCAUGGCGAGACGUGACACCCGAAAUUGGCAUGACUGCACAAAAAUGAUCGGACUGCUCUGCCUGGUCGCUUGGUCGAUACUUACAGAACACGGAGCAACAGGUCAGCGAGUGAAGGUGGAGCCAGAGGUGUUGUCGUAUCCCGGCCAGACAGUCAACCUACGCUGUGCCUUCACAGAUGCCACUGGGAUUCAGCUCACAAUGGUCACGUGGAUCUACGAGCCAAAGGAAGGAGAAAGGAUCAACAUUGCUGUGUUUCAUCCCAACUUUGAGCCCAACUACCCCGACUCACCUGUGAAGGGCAGGGUCAGCUUCUCACCCAGUCCCCCAAACAUGGCCAGCCCUUCCAUCCAGAUUAGCAAUGUCAGGAUGACCGAUGAGGGGAAGUACAUCUGCGAAUAUGCUACCUACCCAAUUGGCAACGAGCAGGGGAUCACCUAUCUGGUCAUGCUGGCUAAGCCACAGAACUCAGCCUCCAUCGUGACAGUGGAAGCAGGCACUAAGCCGGUCGUUGUGGCACGCUGUGAGUCUGUAGAUGGCCGCCCCGCUGCCCAGAUCUCCUGGGUGACCACAGCCAAUGGCAAUGCGACAACAACGUCUAAGCCGGGUGCCGACAACACCGUGACAGUGACCAGCGAGUACUACAUGGUUCCCACAGCAGCAGACAACGGGAAGGACAUCAGCUGCGUGGUGGUGCACAGGACCCAGGUCAAACCAGAGAGCUUCCCAUUAAAACUUGCAGUUCAAUACGCCCCUCAGGUGACAAUAGUGGGUUAUGACAAUAAUUGGUACGUGGGUCGUACAAAUGUGGUGCUCACCUGCCAAGCUUCCGCAAACCCUGUUCCGCUCUCCGUCCAGUGGAAGACCAUGUCAGGAGAGAUGCCAGACACAGUGCAGAUCGUGGGCAAAGAGCUGAAGGUACUGAAGGUGGACGAAGCUGUCAACACCACUUUUGUCUGUGAGGUCAAGAACCGCAUAGGGAUCAGCAGGGAUCAGGUCACAGCCAUCGUCAGAGAGCCCUCAGUGAACCAAUCCAAUGCCGGCGUGGUGGCGGGAGCUGUCAUUGGCUCCCUGCUGGCUCUCCUUUUGGUCGCCGCUCUCAUCGGCGUGCUUGUCACCCGCAGCCGCAGGCAACAGCAGGGCUACCGCGCCAAUGGCAGCAGUGACAUUAAGACACGCAUAUUUGGAGGCGGCAAGAAGGCCAGCAAGAACGGCACAGGUGGAGGCGCAGGCAGUGGCGGAGUCGGAGGCGGUAACAACAACGGCCCCAUAUACGUUUACAACGACAGCUCAUCCCACCAGGGCCUUGGAGAGAAAAACAACCACCACCAGCCACUCACCAUUGGGGGUCGGCCCGAAGUUGUUGCCACUACACCCACCGCCCAAGACAUCCUGCUUAGCAGCGAAUUAGACGACGCAGAGAGGAGGAAGUUUGAUGAGCUGGAGGAGGACGAGAGGUAUGACCACUUCACUGGAGGGGCCCCCAUCCUUCAGCUUCGCCCACACAAUGACCAGGACGAUAUGAUUGGAGAUUACCUGGAUGAUGACAUGGAGUCCCAGCGGGAUGGCUCUGUCAUCUCACGGACUGCAGUUUACGUAUAGAGGAGGAGGAGAGGAAAGGAGGAGGAGGAAAAGGAGGGAUGGAGGAUCUCUCCUGAGGAUUUUGUGGCUUCAGGGUCUUGCUCCCUGUCUGAUGGAGAGGAGAAAAUGAUACCACUUUUAUUUUUGAAAAUUGAUUUUAAAUAUAGCCUAUUAUUAUUAAUCGCAGUGCAGCCCCAAAAUGAACUGAAUGAACAGGAGGGUGUGGUGGGAUGUUCUGAAAGGAGUUGUGCUGUUUUUUGGUCCCUAAGAGCUGAAAUUCAAACAGAAAAGAAACAACCUGUCUCCCACCGCUUCUGCUCAUGAUAUCGCUAUCGCUGGGACCUUCUCAAGGACUCUUGACAGACAAACUAAAAGAGAGAAACAAUGUAGUGUGGGAGUAGGAUAAUGGAAUCAUGAUACAAGCUUGGCUAUAGAGGAGGCAUCGCACUUGCAUAUUCACUCUUAUCUUCACCAAAACAGUAGCAGUGGAUGGGGUUGUCAAGCAGUUACGUUUUACCUGCUAUUCUCAGUCCUCCUAUGGGAAACUUUUGUUUUGGUAAUGCGUUGUGCUGACAGCUGGUUGGUAGUUAAUAUCUAGUGAUGGGUUGGGAGAAAAACAUUUGAAGGUAUAGACAGUAACCAUCAAGUGAUUUAGAGAAGAGAACAAUGCAUUUGCUCAUGUCUGCUGGAGAGUUCUCCUUUCCGCUCUCUGCCUUCUUCUCAAGAAAAAAAAAAACAUCUCUGCAAACUAUCAGCCACAGUAGACACUCUUCAAUUUACAAAAUUCAAAAAGAACAUUUGGUCCUUAUGUGCUGUGCAAAUACAAGAGCAGCUGAAUUUAACAAAGUAAGUUUGCAGAGUUUGAACCAAGUUCGUAACAAGGUAUUCACAUGCAAACUUUUGUACUGUGCCUGGAGGUAAGAGACGGUAAACAAGAAAUGAGGGAAUGAGGUGUAGCCAAUCUGACAGGGUCAAGGGAUGGAGAGAGGGAUGCAGGAGGCAGGAGGACGAGAGAGGAGCACGUCUCUUCUUUUCUCUUCAUCCUCAUCUCCGUCUCUUCAGAGCACUCCUGACAGGAGGAGCUUGAUUGGUAAUGAGCCGUGAAGUCGCUCGCUUAGCCGGGACCAACAGAUUGCCACCACUUAUCGUUUAUGACGUGGCAAUUCCUCCCCCCUCCUAUCUCUCUAUCAUCCUUCCAUCUUCUCCUCUCUCGCUCUUCAUCCCUCUCCCCCAGUGUUUAUGGGGAGUUUAUGAUUUAUCCAGGGCAGUGUCGAGGUCAGGGCCACAGAGAGCGGGGCAGUAUUUUACUACUCCCGAUGUGUCAAACGCCCCACUUACUCUAUUCUAGCCCAGCCUGCCCUGACAUGCCAGGACUGACUAAUCCACCUGGAGUGGCCACGUUCACUGCGCCACACAGACACUGCCACCUCCUCCCAUAUUUUAGUAAGUGGCCGGAUGUAACAGAACCCCAUUUCCAAAGUGCGCCUGCGUUAGAUAUGAUAGAUUUUCAAUGAGAUCAUGUAAUAUUUCUUUCCACUAGCGGAUGUUGUUAAAUGUAGUGAAUUGAUCGGGAGACAUAAAAGGUUGUGUCCACAGCGGUGCUGUCGGAGUCAUAUUGACUAACAGGCAACAAGUGGUGAAAUGACCCUUCAUGAUGUGACUUCAGGCCUGAUUGUCUCCUGACUGUUAAUUUAGCCUUGCAACAAGUCACCGGAGGGCCGCUCAUACAAACAUUGUUCCUUGGCCACUGUACACUGCUGUCUUUGAGGCUUAGAGUGUACAUGUGCAUGCGUCACUGCAUCUACGCAGCCACUGGAUGACUGAGAUGGACAAUCUCGGAGUGAAGCCCUGCUGUAGCUCCUCUAAUCAUGCUUCCCCUGGCCUUCUAAUCAACUCCCCUCUGACCCACUGGGAAUCUGAGUGUGGUCUCGAUGACUGUACUGACCUCCCGUAAGGCCCAGCCAAGAUCUGGGUUGCAGUUUGCUGCAGGUCAUGAGGUCAAAUGCAGGGUCACCCAUUGCCAAGGGCAAGGAUGACUACACCUGCCCACAUUUCUUAUCAUGGCUGUUUUUAACCUUGAACUAUAGUUCGACAGUCCUUCUUUGCCAUUGUGAUGGCUGUUAACCUUAAGAGAGGUGGAGAGAGAGUAGGAAAGAGACACAGGAGGCGGAUGACAAAAAUUGAGACAGUGUAUAGUGUUUGAGCACUGUCUGAGAUAUUUUAAGCCAGUGUGUUCAAUAGGAUUAUUGUCUAAUGGCCUUAGCGUAUACAUAAAUGCAGCUCCUGUCAAACUUGGGUACAGUACAUUUAUUGAACACAGCUGAUCAGUCACAGCCACUCAAAAUAAAAAUGCAUUACUUAUUUUUGCACUCGUGUGUGUCACCUCUACAAAGAGAAAUAGUGUAAUACUUGCUUUUUGGGGUAAAAAAAAAUAUCGACAAGGGACAAAACUGUCGUAUGUACAUUUUGGUGUGAGGUAUCUGUGUACUAUAUAUGUAAGCAUUUUUAUUUUUCUUGUGAAAAUAUGGAUAUUUAUGAAAAUGUAAAUAUCAGAUCAGUGGAGCCAGUGUUGCCAGUGUUGUGGAAGUAAAGAUGAAAGAGUUCUGGGUUGGCUAACUCUGAAGCUCAAAUGUCUCAGAGGGCAUUCAGAAUGUAAUUUUUAAUCCAAUGAAUACCUCAGUAGUUUGGGUGUUUCGACAUGCUGAACUGACUGAGCUUAGUUUACCUAAAGCCUAAGUCUAUUUUAUUUUGGGGGGAAAAAUUAUAUAUGCUUGUAUGGUUUCUUUUUCGUUCAAGUUAGCACUGCCUGCAUUUCCACAUAAUAAGCACACGCUAUUUCUUUUGCACAAUUGGCUUCUCCUUCUCCUUGACAGACACCCUGCACAAUGCUAAAAUACACACAAUACUCAUAAUUUAUCAUGUAGACCGUAACCACACAAGCGAUGGUCUGUGUUGUGUCUGAGUCAGCUCUGUGUGUGUAUAUAGUUGUCAGUGUGUAUUUUCGUGAUGCUCGGGGGGCUCUGGGACAUCUCUCGCUGCCAUUGGGGCUAAAACCUGAGUAGCCACCUUUUGUCACCAUGGAAAACUGGCAAACUGAAGAUAUUAUUGUGCAUUUUGAAGACACACACCCAAUCACAAACUCAUGCACAAACUGCACAUAUACAUACGCAGAAUGCAGAGAAACAUUCGCCCACACACAAACACCCCUCAGUCACUUUCUUUAUGCUCACUCCCACAACCAAACUGUGCAGAAGACACCUCAUACCUGACAACUCUGCCAUCUCCUGACAUAAAACCCACACAAAUGUGCUUGCAUAGCUGCAAACAAAGACACACACACAAAAACACAUCUACUUUUUCCUCUUCUUUCUCAGUGCCUCUGUCAGGACAUACACCGUGUCCUGUUAGAGUGGAAAGAGCCGCAGCAUGAUGUGUCCCCUGCUCCACUGCUUUUUAUCCCCCAAAUAGUCCAACCCAUUCCCAAAUCAAUGACCAUGUACAACAGAGACAACCACACAUUCAAGGGACACCCACUUUUCACCCAGUGUCAGAAAAACAGGCUUUUUAGGAAACCGUUUGUCCGUCAUGCUUUUGUUCUGCAUGGGAAAUAUAGCUUUCAUAAAAAUGCCACUGCGCUGACCUCCUCACCCUCCCGGAUUCCUUUGAAUGCUUUUAGCGAGUCACAACUCCCUACUCUUCUCCAAAAUGUUGUUUUCGACUUCUCUCACUUCAGCCACCUCCGCCACAGCGACCGCCCCCACAGACGCACACACCGUUGCCACCCACCUCCGCACCCAAGUAAGGCUUGUCAGACAAAAUGCUUUUAGAAAAACCCAUGAUCCUUGCCUGUGUGUAGCACCGGGUUAGAUUGUCAAAAUACCCAAUAUUUUUCUUUUUUCAGGAAAACCACAUACUGUUGCUAUUUCUUUGGCUCCAAACAUCUGAUGACUAAUCAAAGCCUUAACAUCUCCCAUCUCACUCGCAUAAAA